UGUUACUAUAAAACCAUGUGCUCUUCGUACUGAAGUCUCCCGCCUUCUACCUUCCUCCCUUCUGUUCCUGUUCUUGUCGGAAAUAUGCAAUUCUUAUCAUUCUCGGUGGUUGUGUUUUUGUUAUGCUCUCAAGCGAUAGCAAGAAAAGUCCAAAGGAGAGAUUUGGGUUGAUACUUAGACUCCGAAAGAGCAAUUGCACUCCAAGGUGUCCUGAAUAACAUCGGUCCAAAUGGCUCUCAAGUUCCUGGAGCCGCGGCCGGUAUCAUCAUCGCUAGCCCUUCAAGAGAAAACCCAGAUUGUAAGUACCUAAGCGCAUUACAAAGUAACCACAGCGUUGAUUCUUCGUAGACUUCUUCACUUAGAGUCAAGAUUCUGCUUUGACCAUGAAAAUGAUCGUCGAUGAAUUCAUCCUGGGCAACAUCACUUUGGAGCCGUUGAUUGAUGACUUUAUAAAGUCCCAAGCUGUUCUCCAGACAAUUUCAAAUCCUUCUGGGACAUUUAAUCCAUCUGGUCGUGGCCUUGGAGAACCUAAAUACAUGGCGGAUGGAUCUCGUUUUAACGGUGCUGUGAGCAUAUAUUCAUUCUUCUUCCCAUAAGUUCAUAAGCCACAAGUCUUCCUUCAAUUUGAAGGAAAAAGCUGACCUACCGAAGUGGGGACGUCCUCAACGUGACGGACCAGCUCUCCGUGCAACAGCCUUGAUCACAUACAGCGACUGGCUAGUCAAGAACGGUCAAUCCGAGAAAGCAAAAACAAUCAUCUGGCCUGUCAUCCAACACGAUCUUUCAUAUGUCGGCCAGUACUGGAAUGCAACAGGUUUCGAUCUUUGGGAAGAAGUCCAAGGUUCCAGCUUUUUCACUACUCUGAGCCAAUACAAGUCCCUCGUAGAAGGAACAAAACUGGCACGAGACCUAGGAGUUACUUGCACAUCGUGCUUCAUAGCGCCCCAAAUUCUCUGUCUCCUUCAAAACUAUUGGAACGGUCAAUACAUUGACGCAAAUAUCAAUUUGAACGACGGACGCUCAGGACUUGAUAGCAACACGAUUCUGGGUUCAAUUUCUGCUUUUGAUAUUGAUGCAUAUUGCGACAGCUCAACUUUCCAACCUUGUGGCAGUAAGUCAUUGGCCAAUUUCAAGGUUCUAGUAGAUGGUUUCCGAAUCUACACAAUCAAUAACGGGAUUCCGGCUGGACAAGGAAUUGCCAUCGGAAGAUACCCAGAAGAUACAUAUUUCGGAGGUAACCCUUGGUAUCUUAACGUAACCGCAGUGGCCGAGUUUCUUUACGACGCAGUUGCAUAA